AUGGAUUUGUGGACAGUGUGCUUGUUGACCUUGGCCACGAUCACCAACAUUCAAGCUCAUCAAAUUUUAGUCGUAAUAACCUUGCCAGGGAAGAGUCAUGGAAUUCUAGGAGAUGGUCUUAUACGGCAUUUACUAAAAGCAGGCCACGAGGUAACAUUUAUAACACCUUAUCCACCAAAGCCACAGAAGAAUCUAACGGUCAUUGACGUUAGUGAUAACAGUAAAGUUCUUGCUGGUGGAGUGUUGAAUAUUCAUAACAUGAUGAAGAAAGAUGUUGAUCUCCAAUCUACAUACAUGUUGAUGGAUAUUUGUACCGAAGUUGGUAAAGCUACCUUAAUGAACCCUGCUGUCCAGAAAUUACUGAGUGAUCGGAGUCAAAAAUUCGACAUUAUUAUAACUGAAUGGCUAUACCAGGAACUUUAUGCAGGUUUUGCCGCAGUCUUUGAUUGUCCUUACAUAUGGUUCUCGUCCCUCGAGCCUCAUUGGAUGGUUUUGAGACUGAUUGAUGAAAUGCCGAAUCCUGCUUAUGUGUCAGAUAGCUCAUCGAAUAAUGCUCCACCCCUGUCUUUCAAAGAGAGAAUAGAAGAACUUAUUAGCCAAGUACACGGACUGUGGUUAUAUUAUUUAUAUAUUACACCAAGAGAAAACCAGUAUUAUGAGACCUAUCUGGUACCUCAUAUUCGUAACAAAAGUAAACCCGUGCCGUCUCUCAGCGAGUUGAAACUAAAUGCAUCACUUAUGUUGGGCAAUUCUCAUGUCUCCCUCGGCAGUGCUACCAGAUUGCCACAGAAUUAUAUACCGAUUGGAGGAUAUCAUAUUGAAGAUGAUGUGAAACCACUGCCUCAAGAUCUACAAAUGAUAAUGGAUAGUGCAGGCCACGGUGUGAUAUACUUUAGCAUGGGAUCUAACUUGAGAAGUGAGGACCUCCCUGAAACUGUGACAAGAGGAAUUCUGAAAGUGUUCGGUGGACUCAAACAGACUGUCAUAUGGAAGUUUGAAAAAGAUUUACCCAAUCGGCCUAAGAAUGUUCAUAUUGUACACUGGGCGCCACAGCAAAGCAUUCUUGCGCAUCCCAAAAUUUUGUUCUUCAUUUCUCAUGGUGGUCUUCUAUCAACGACUGAAGCUGUCCACUUUGCAGUUCCUAUGAUCUGUAUACCUGCUAUGGUGGACCAAUUUGCCAAUGUGAACAGAGCAGUCAGUAAGGGAUUCGCAAUUAAAGUAGACCUUUCGUUUAAUAUGGAUAAAGAUUUGGAAAUAGCCAUUCAUACAAUGCUAAGUAACCCCAAAUAUACAGUAAAAGCCAAAGAAUUGUCAUUUGUGUACCACCAUAGACCUGUACUGCCUGGUGAUGAGAUCCUGCAUUGGGUGGAUCACGUAGUGAAGACGAAUGGUGCGGUGCAUCUGAGACCUCCUGCACUGGACAUGCCCUGGUACCAGAAGUUAUACCUCGACUUACUUGUUGUCGUCCUAGUAUUUUUUAUAGCAAUCAUAUUUAUCAUAAAAAGAGUUUUAGGUUUAAGUAAAAGCAAGAAAACUAAAACAAAUUAA